AUGCCCUUUGACUCUCUUAUCAGGCACCUACUUGCUGGCAAGAUACUAAAGCAUAGAAUCAUUAGGGCCAACAAGUGCCCUUUGUUUCUACUGUUGGCACCAUUUAUUAGUGACGAGCAUGGAAUAGAAGGUAGGCUUUACUUCAUGCAGAAAGAUUGUAAUGUGCUGGAUGAUGAGUUUUGCCUUGCUGUGUCGCUACAGCUUUCCGAGAGUACAGACAUAGUUGGGGUUGCAAUUCAGUGCUUACAGCUGUUUGCCCCUCUUUUCAUGUCUAUGGUUGAAAACAUUAGGAAAGAACUUAUGCAACUACCUACUCAAGACUUCUCGUGGGUACCAAAUUAUGUUGAUUCACGCCAGCCAAAAUUUUGGGACAAUGUUAACAAAUUUGGCACUCAAUGGUUUCGCUCAAACCCAUUGUGUUGCAAAUUAAGGGCAUGA